AUGCUUAAUGAAGGAUUUGAACAUGGAAAAUUGGACAAAGGUCCAGGAGGCCAAGGACCAUACGGAUCUGGACAGCAAGGGCCAGGAGGUGCCGGCCAACAAGGUCCUGGCGGUCAAGGACCAUACGGACCAGGAGCUGGACAACAAGGCCCAGGUGGAGCCGGACAACAAGGACCCGGAUCCCAAGGACCUGGUGGACAAGGACCAUACGGACCCGGAGCAGGACAACAAGGACCUGGAAGAGCUGGACAACAAGGCCCAGGUGGAGCCGGACAACAAGGACCCGGAUCCCAAGGACCUGGUGGACAAGGACCAUACGGACCCGGAGCAGGACAACAAGGACCUGGAAGAGCAGCCGCCGCAGCAGCAGCAGUAGGAGGAUAUGGACCAGGAGCAGGACAACAGGGACCUGGAAGUCCAGGAGGCCAAGGACCAUACGGAUCUGGACAGCAAGGGCCAGGAGGUGCCGGCAACAAAGGUCCUGGCGGUCAAGGACCAUACGGACCAGGUGCAGCAGCCGCCGCAGCAGCAGCCACUGGAGGAUAUGGGCCAGGAGCUGGACAACAAGGCCCAGGUGGAGCCGGACAACAAGGACCCGGAUCCCAAGGACCUGGUGGACAAGGACCAUACGGACCCGGAGCAGGACAACAAGGACCAGGAAGUGGUGGACAACAAGGACCAGGUGGUCAAGUACCUUAUGGACCAAGUGCAGCAGCCGCCGCUGGAGGAGCAGCCGCCGCAGCAGCAGCAGUAGGAGGAUAUGGACCAGGAGCAGGACAACAGGGACCUGGAAGUCCAGGAGGCCAAGGACCAUACGGAUCUGGACAGCAAGGGCCAGGAGGUGCCGGCCAACAAGGUCCUGGCGGUCAAGGACCAUACGGACCAGGAGCUGGACAACAAGGCCCAGGUGGAGCCGGACAACAAGGACCCGGAUCCCAAGGACCUGGUGGACAAGGACCAUACGGACCCGGAGCAGGACAACAAGGACCUGGAAGAGCAGCCGCCGCAGCAGCAGCAGUAGGAGGAUAUGGACCAGGAGCAGGACAACAGGGACCUGGAAGUCCAGGAGGCCAAGGACCAUACGGAUCUGGACAGCAAGGGCCAGGAGGUGCCGGCCAACAAGGUCCUGGCGGUCAAGGACCAUACGGACCAGGAGCUGGACAACAAGGCCCAGGUGGAGCCGGACAACAAGGACCCGGAUCCCAAGGACCUGGUGGACAAGGACCAUACGGACCCGGAGCAGGACAACAAGGACCUGGAAGAGCAGCCGCCGCAGCAGCAGCAGUAGGAGGAUAUGGACCAGGAGCAGGACAACAGGGACCUGGAAGUCCAGGAGGCCAAGGACCAUACGGAUCUGGACAGCAAGGGCCAGGAGGUGCCGGCCAACAAGGUCCUGGCGGUCAAGGACCAUACGGACCAGGAGCUGGACAACAAGGCCCAGGUGGAGCCGGACAACAAGGACCCGGAUCCCAAGGACCUGGUGGACAAGGACCAUACGGACCCGGAGCAGGACAACAAGGACCUGGAAGACCUGGUGGACAAGGACCAUACGGACCAGGAGCAGCCGCCGCCGCAGCAGCAGUAGGAGGAUAUGGACCAGGAGCAGGACAACAGGGACCUGGAAGUCCAGGAGGCCAAGGACCAUACGGAUCUGGACAGCAAGGGCCAGGAGGUGCCGGCCAACAAGGUCCUGGCGGUCAAGGACCAUACGGACCAGGAGCUGGACAACAAGGCCCAGGUGGAGCCGGACAACAAGGACCCGGAUCCCAAGGACCUGGUGGACAAGGACCAUACGGACCCGGAGCAGGACAACAAGGACCUGGAAGACCUGGUGGACAAGGACCAUACGGACCAGGAGCAGCCGCCGCCGCAGCAGCAGUAGGAGGAUAUGGACCAGGAGCAGGACAACAGGGACCUGGAAGUCCAGGAGGCCAAGGACCAUACGGAUCUGGACAGCAAGGGCCAGGAGGUGCCGGCCAACAAGGUCCUGGCGGUCAAGGACCAUACGGACCAGGAGCUGGACAACAAGGCCCAGGUGGAGCCGGACAACAAGGACCCGGAUCCCAAGGACCUGGUGGACAAGGACCAUACGGACCCGGAGCAGGACAACAAGGACCUGGAAGACCUGGUGGACAAGGACCAUACGGACCAGGAGCAGCCGCCGCCGCAGCAGCAGUAGGAGGAUAUGGACCAGGAGCAGGACAACAGGGACCUGGAAGUCCAGGAGGCCAAGGACCAUACGGAUCUGGACAGCAAGGGCCAGGAGGUGCCGGCCAACAAGGUCCUGGCGGUCAAGGACCAUACGGACCAGGUGCAGCAGCCGCCGCAGCAGCAGCCGCUGGAGGAUAUGGACCAGGAGCUGGACAACAAGGCCCAGGUGGAGCCGGACAACAAGGACCCGGAUCCCAAGGACCUGGUGGACAAGGACCAUACGGACCCGGAGCAGGACAACAAGGACCUGGAAGUCAAGGACCAGGAAGUGGUGGACAACAAGGACCAGGUGGUCAAGGACCUUAUGGACCAAGUGCAGCCGCCGCAGCAGCAGCCACUGGAGGCUAUGGACCUGGAGCUGGACAACAAGGACCUGGAAGUCAAGGACCAGGAAGUGGUGGACAACAAGGACCUGGUGGACAAGGACCAUACGGACCAGGAGCAGCCGCCGCCGCAGCAGCAGUAGGAGGAUAUGGACCAGGAGCAGGACAACAGGGACCUGGAAGUCAAGGACCAGGAAGUGGUGGACAACAAGGACCAGGUGGUCAAGGACCUUAUGGACCAAGUGCAGCCGCCGCAGCAGCAGCCGCUGGAGGCUAUGGACCUGGAGCUGGACAACAAGGACCUGGAAGUCAAGGACCAGGAAGUGGUGGACAACAAGGACCUGGUGGUCAAGGACCUUAUGGACCAAGUGCAGCCGCCGCCGCAGCAGCAGCUGGAGGAUAUGGACCUGGAGCUGGACAACAAGGACCAGGAAGUGGCGGACAACAAGGAGGCCAAGGACCAUACGGAUCUGGACAGCAAGGGCCAGGAGGUGCCGGCCAACAAGGACCUGGUGGACAAGGACCAUACGGACCAGGAGCAGCCGCCGCAGCAGCAGCAGUAGGAGGAUAUGGACCAGGAGCAGGACAACAGGGACCUGGAAGUCAAGGACCAGGAAGUGGUGGACAACAAGGACCAGGUGGUCAAGGACCUUAUGGACCAAGUGCAGCCGCCGCAGCAGCAGCCGCUGGAGGCUAUGGACCUGGAGCUGGACAACAAGGACCUGGAAGUCAAGGACCAGGAAGUGGUGGAGAACAAGGACCUGGUGGUCAAGGACCUUAUGGACCAAGUGCAGCCGCCGCAGCAGCAGCAGCUGGAGGAUAUGGACCUGGAGCUGGACAACAAGGACCAGGAAGUGGCGGACAACAAGGAGGCCAAGGACCAUACGGAUCUGGACAGCAAGGGCCAGGAGGUGCCGGCCAACAAGGACCAGGUGGUCAAGGACCUUAUGGACCAAGUGCAGCCGCCGCAGCAGCAGCCGCUGGAGGCUAUGGACCUGGAGCUGGACAACAAGGACCUGGAAGUCGAGGACCAGGAAGUGGUGGACAACAAGGACCUGGUGGUCAAGGACCUUAUGGACCAAGUGCAGCCGCCGCAGCAGCAGCCGCUGGAGGAGGAUAUGGACCAGGAGCAGGACAACAAGGACCUGGAAGUCAAGGACCAGGAAGUGGUGGCCAACAAGGACCUGGUGGUCAAGGACCUUAUGGACCAAGUGCAGCCACCGCAGCAGCAGCCGCUGGAGGCUAUGGACCAGGAGCUGGACAACAAGGACCAAGCAGUCAGGCACCAGUUGCAUCCGCUGCAGCCUCUCGCCUUUCUUCUCCUCAAGCCAGUGCUAGAGUUUCAUCUGCUGUGUCAACUUUGGUGUCGAGUGGUCCUACGAGUCCUGCCGCACUCUCUAAUGCUAUCAGUAGCGUUGUAUCACAAGUUAGUGCAAGUAAUCCUGGUCUUUCUGGUUGCGAUGUACUUGUACAAGCAUUGCUGGAAAUCGUAUCCGCCCUCGUACACAUUCUUGGGUCUUCCAGCAUUGGGCAAAUUAAUUACGCCGCGUCUUCUCAAUACGCCCAGAUGGUAGGGAAUUCUGUAGCUCAAGCCCUUGGUUAAUGUUGCUGUAAAUGAUUACAAAAUAUUUUAAUGUCUAAUUAUGGCACAUUUGUAAUCUUUCUAAAUAAAUUCUGAUUCAUAUUAA